AUGGAUUCUAAAUUUAUUGAAGAAUUUGAUCACUUGAAUAAUGAUUAGAAAAAUCAAAUGCUCAUUAAUCUUAAAUUAUAUAUCAAUCAAUUACAAACAUAAAUUCAAGAAUUAGAAAAAAGUGCUAUUGAUAUAAUCAUUGAAAAAGAUGAAAAAAUUCUAUAGUUAGAAAAUAUUCUUAAUUAGUAUUCACCUUCAAAACAAUAUAAUAAAGAUGAUGAAAUUCUUUAAUUGAAAGCGUAUUGA